AUGGUUGGAGGUUCGGAAUCGCGCGAGGUGGUGGUGGUUGUUGACGAGUCGCACAAUGGUGAUAAUAAUAACGUUGACAAUGGCGAUGGCGAUGGCCUCGACAAGCAGGUUCGACAUGCCGUUUCCAGGGACUCGUCCGCUUCGGCUCAGUCAUCGCAGCCCCCGGCUGCGUUGAAACGGCCGCACGUAAAAUGGUACAAGAAGUAUAACCCGCUUCGUUGGCAGAAGAUACCUCCUCCGCCGCCGGAGAGGACGGUGUCUAGGGAAUAUGGGGCCAAUAUCUUCAGUCUUAUUACCUUCCAGUGGAUGGCUCCGCUGAUGAAUGUGGGCUACUUGCGGCCGCUGGAACUUCAGGAUAUCUGGACCGUCAAUCCCAACAGAGCCGUCGAUGUUCUGUCUGAUAAGCUGGAUACUGCAUUCCAGCGGCGCAUGGAGCGCGGAGAGAAGAACGCUCUGCUUGGGGCUCUCUUCGACACGUUCAAGCUCGAGUUCCUGCUCGGAGGUGUCUGUCAACUUGUCAGUGCCUUGAUCCAGGUCUUUUCGCCAUACCUGACUCGCUACCUGAUUAGUUUUGCUACUGAUGCGUAUAUCGCGCAGCAUACGCACCGGCCUCCCCCUCAUAUCGGACAUGGCCUUGGUUUUGUCUUCGGGAUUACUAUCAUGCAGAUUCUCCAGAGUUUCUGUACCAACCAGUUCAUCUACCGUGGUAUGAUGGUUGGUGGGCAGACAAGGGCCGUACUGGUAUCCGCCAUCUUCUCCAAGGCGUUGAAAUUGUCUGGCCGUGCGAAGGCCGGCGGGAAGCCGACUCAGGAAGAGAUCGAGGCUCUUAGGUCCACCAGAGAUGCUCUAAUCGAGUCCGGUCCGGGGGCAAAAGAGAAUGGCACGAAAGAGACACAGAAGGCAGAUGCGAAGAAGAAUGGCCAAGCGGAUUCUGGCGACAGCUGUGGCUGGAAUAAUGGCCGUAUCAUCACCUUGAUGAGCGUUGACGCGGACCGUAUUAACACUGCCUUGGGCAUGUUCCACAUGCUUUGGACGUCUCCCAUUAGCAUUAUUGUUACCCUAGUCGUUCUGCUGGUUAAUAUCGGCUAUAGCUGUCUUUCUGGGUACGCGCUGCUGCUUCUGAGCAUGCCUCUACUUACCAUGGCGGUCCGCUCUCUAGUCCAGCGGAGAAAAAGGAUCAACAAGCUCACAGACCAGCGCGUGUCCCUGACCCAGGAGAUCUUGCAGGCUGUGCGGUUUGUCAAGUUCUUUGGGUGGGAAAGCAGCUUUCUGAACCGUCUGAAGGAGAUCCGAAGACACGAGAUUCGCUCCAUCCAGACCCUCCUGGCCAUCCGAAAUGCGAUCAUGUGUGUCUCCAUGUCUAUGCCCGUCUUCGCGUCCAUGUUGUCCUUUAUCACUUAUUCCCUGUCAAAGCAUAAUCUCACGCCCGCCCCCAUCUUUUCCUCACUGGCUCUGUUCAAUGCGCUACGAAUGCCCUUGAAUCUGCUCCCCAUGGUCAUCGGUCAGGUAACUGAUGCCUGGACCGCUCUAAACCGGAUCCAGGAGUUCUUGCUCGCGGAGGAACGAAAGGAGGAUAUUGAAUGGGUUGACGAGAUGAAGAACGCUGUCGAAGUAGAACACGCAUCAUUUACCUGGGAGAGAGUCCCGACAGACAAGGAAGCGGACAAUGCAGAAGGGAAGAAGAACAUCAAGAGGAAGGGUUCUUCUGCUCCUAUUGCUCCCCCACCACCGAGAAGUGAUGACGAUUCAGACCCAGGCGCGACUCGACUGGAGCCGUUCAAACUCGCCGAUCUGAACUUCGAAGUCGGACGUAACGAGCUAAUAGCCGUGAUCGGGACUGUAGGAUGUGGAAAGAGUUCCUUGCUCGCAGCGCUAGCGGGCGAUAUGAGAUUGACGGAAGGCAGUGUAAGAAUGGGGACGACCAGGACUUUCUGUCCGCAGUAUGCUUGGAUUCAGAAUGCCACCGUCCGUAACAACAUUCUGUUUGGCAGGGACUAUGACGAGACGUGGUACAACCAGGUUGUCGAUGCCUGUGCCCUCCGAGCCGACAUGGAGAUGUUCCCUAACGGUGACCAGACGGAAAUCGGAGAACGUGGUAUCACCGUGUCCGGAGGCCAGAAGCAGCGACUCAAUAUCGCCCGGGCGAUCUAUUUUAAUGCUGGAUUGAUCCUGAUGGAUGAUCCGCUAUCCGCCGUGGACGCCCAUGUUGGAAAGCAUAUCAUGGACAAGGCUAUAUGUGGGAUUCUCAAGGACCGUUGUCGGAUAUUGGCUACACAUCAGCUCCAUGUGCUUAACCGCUGCGAUCGAAUUAUCGUCAUGGACGAGGGCCGUAUCGCUGCCGUCGAUACUUUUGACAACCUUAUGCGUGACAGUGAGGUUUUCCAGCGGCUAUUGGCGAGCACAUCGCAGCAGAAGUCCGAAGAGAACCAAGAGGAAGGAGAAGAAGAUGGCGAUGAGGACGACAAGAAACCCGUCAAGAGAAAGCAAAAGUCUCCAGGCCUCAUGCAGCAGGAAGAGCGCGCCACAUCCUCGGUGGGUUGGUCCGUUUGGAAAGCAUACAUUUCUGCAAGCGGAUCAUUCUUCAACAUUGUCCUCUUUCUCGGCUCUCUGGCCCUGGUCAACGGUGCCAACAUAAUGACGAGUCUGUGGCUGUCAUACUGGACCUCUAACAAGUACCCUUCCCUUUCCACAGGCCAAUACAUCGGGAUCUAUGCAGGGCUUGGUGGCUGCCAAGCACUCAUUACCUUUGUGUUUUCGACCCUGACAACGACCUUCGGUGCCAAUGCCAGCCGGACCAUGCUUCUGCGUGCCAUGACGAGGGUUCUGCGGGCGCCCAUGUCCUUCUUUGAUACAACGCCUAUGGGCCGGAUCACCAAUCGCUUUUCGAAGGAUAUCCAAGUUAUGGAUACGGAGCUGUCGGAUUCGAUGCGGAUCUAUUCGCUCACGAUCACCAUGGUUAUUUCAGUGAUGGUGUUGAUCAUCGUAUUCUUCCACUAUUUCGCCAUCGCUCUGGGCCCAUUAUUUAUACUAUUCCUGAUCACGACAAGCUAUUACAGAGCAUCAGCUCGGGACAUGAAGCGGCACGAAUCCGUUCUUCGGUCCGUCGUGUUCGCGCGAUUCAACGAGGCCAUAACUGGGACGCCCUGCAUUCGGGCCUACGGGGUGGAAAAUCAAUUCAGGCGCAGCGUGCGCGAUUCCAUUGAUAUGAUGAACGGAGCGUAUUUUCUCACCUUCUCCAACCAGCGCUGGCUGAGCAUCCGCCUGGACGCCGUGGGUAUCCUGCUGGUCUUCGUCACAGGCAUCCUGGUCGUGACUUCCCGUUUCAACGUCUCCCCCAGCAUCUCCGGUCUCGUCCUGUCCUACAUCCUGUCCAUCUUUCAAAUGCUUCAAUUUACCAUUCGCCAACUCGCCGAGGUGGAGAAUAACAUGAACUCCACGGAACGUGUGCAUUACUACGGAACACAGCUCGAAGAAGAAGCACCGCUGCAUCUCAGCCCCGUCGACCCGUCCUGGCCUGAGCAGGGGAAGAUCGAAUUCAACAACGUGGAAAUGCGCUACCGAGCCGGUCUGCCGUUAGUUCUGAAGGGUCUAUCCAUGACGAUCCGCGGCGGGGAACGGAUUGGUAUCGUUGGAAGAACUGGCGCUGGCAAAUCUAGCAUCAUGUCUGCCCUGUUUCGUUUGACAGAAUUGUCAUAUGGGUGCAUCAAGAUCGACGACGUCGAUAUUGGAAAGAUCGGACUGUAUGAUCUCCGGUCCAGAUUGGCUAUUAUCCCGCAGGACCCGGCGUUGUUCAAAGGCACUGUUCGAUCCAACCUGGACCCGUUCGACGAACAUACCGACCUGGAGCUGUGGGAUGCACUACGAAAGGCGAACUUGACGGGAGAGGAGAUCGAGGUCCCGCCGUACGAGGAUGAGAAGAAAGGUGAAGCUGAGGUUGAAAUCGAAAGCGAGAACGAAAAGCCAAAACAGAUCUCCAAACCCACGCUGAACCUUGAGACCCCUAUCGAGGAAGAAGGUCUUAACUUCUCCCUCGGCCAGCGCCAGCUCAUGGCGCUUGCCCGUGCCCUCGUGCGCAAUGCUCGCAUCAUCGUUGCCGACGAGGCUACCUCCUCCGUCGACUUUGAGACUGAUCGGAAAAUCCAACGGACCAUGGCCACGGGAUUCCACGGGAAGACUGUACUGUGCAUUGCGCAUCGGCUGAGGACGAUCAUUCACUACGACCGCAUCUGCGUGAUGGAUCAAGGGCAGAUCGCGGAGAUGGAUACGCCGUUGAAUUUGUGGGAGAUGGGCGAAGGGAGCAUCUUCAGGGGAAUGUGCGAAAGGAGUGGGAUAACGAGGGACGAUAUUUUGAUGGCCGACUAA